AUGUCGACGGAAUUAAAUCCAUCGUCCAACACCCUUGAAGAAUUUUUCGAAGAGGAUAUGGUGAGCUAUGAGGGUGACACCUCUGUGUCGAGUAUUUACGGCCAUUCUCCGGCUACGACACCGGUGCGUGACUCCACGAGCAUCGCGCCGAAUCCAACAGCGAAACGCGAGGAGGUAUACGCACCGCUUGCAUAG